UCCACUCCCUCAUGUACGACUCAUGGCAUCGAAUUGCAGGCGCUCGAGCUAAGGUACGCGAGGCCGAUAAAGUACAGAAGGCGACCCUACUACUCCCUACCAACGCGGCGCUUUUCCGUCAACAGAAGAAACGUCUACACAGAUAAACCAGUGCGACCGCUAUCGCGACCUACGAGAAGGCCGUCCGAUCCAAAAAGAGCGCCAACUGAAAGCGAAUGCACUUUCUUUUCGAAAACCGUUUGCUUGGAGGCUAUCGAUUAUCCCAUUGAAGCCAUAAUGAGAAGCAUUCGGAACAAUAAAGAAAUGGUCGAUGCUCUACUGGCGGAUUUCAAACUUCAAGACGGUGGAUUUACCGAGGACGAAGAUAUUCCUCAGUCAUCCUACAAAACAGGCUUUAACAACAGAUAUGAUAAACGAUAUGAAAGUCCUUUGGAGACGAGCAAUGAGAUCAAGAGGAGGUACGAAUUCAACGCGGCCGACGAGGCCAAGGAGGGCUACACGUGUCCGUCCCAGGUGAAAUACGCGAGGCCGCAGUUGGCGCGGGCGGCCUCCGGAGUCUGGAAGUACAUCAUCAACACGGGCGAGCACACGCAGACCCUCAGACUGGAGAAGUGCACAAAUCCUCACGCGAGCUGCUCUUUCAUCUCGGAAAAUUAUCGUUCAUCUUGCAUACAAGUCUACAACUAUCAUCGCCUCCUUACCUGGGACUCUAAACUCGGUUUGCACAUGGAUAUUUUCAAGAUUCCCACCUGCUGCAGUUGCCACGUCCAUGGAUACACGGAUCUUUACCCUCCACAUCAAACAGAUCCACCCAUUAAAUCGCAAGAAUUAUUCCCAGGAGCGGAUUUUGCUAUAAGUGAUCAUCAGUUUGCCAAAGGCUCCAACCACGUAAACAAGUACGCCAACAACGUCGACUCGGCCUCGAUGAAUUUCUUCCGCGAAAGUUACGGCAAUAGUGGAUCGGACGAGGACGAGUCGCAGUUGCAGCACUCGAGCAGCGCUCGGAGGCCCAGCGUCGCGAAGCCGUCGAGGCCCAGGAAACCUACGAGCGGCUCGAGGCCCUUCGACAAAUUGCCACAGCAACAUGCGCCCAACACGCGAGCACCGGGAUACAAAGGCCCAAGACCCCAUAGGCCCAAUCGGCCCUUUCGUAGAGAGUCAACGGCGUCGGAGACUCAGGAUUAUCAAGAAAACCCAGGCAAUAUUACAAUCAAUAGAUUUAGCCAGGCGUUAGAGCAAGUCCCGUCAGAAUCAAGUGUGCGAUUACAAAAUGGAGGCUUCGACGAUGAGUUCCAGGAGCCACAAAGGCGAAUAAACUACAAUUAUCAUCCAAUCAUCGAUUUUUUCAAGCCCGAGGCAGCGAUGCUCAAGUCGGAAGAGUCGCUUAAAACGUCCCCCUUAAAGAUGCAAACGAAUAAUGACUCUUGGAAACCUAUUUUUAAGCAAUAAAAUUUCGGAGCACUUCCUUUCAUCAAAUGUACCUGAAAUCUCACUAGCAAAGCAACGAAGGAAAGAGAAUGAAAUGAAAAUUGACUCGCUGUUCUAUUUAUAAGCUUUUAUAGAUAAGAUUUAUUUAUCAAUAGCAUUACGGACUCUUUAAAAUUCGCAACUUCACGCCUAUUUAUUGAUUUGUGUCAUUGUUCAAUUGUUGUCUCUCAUUAGUUCAAUUAAU